GUUUGAUUUAAUUCCUCAAAGAACAUUCAGCUUAAAGUUUUUGUUCAACUCUAUUUUCUCUACAUUUGGUAUCAGAGCUUGGUACAUUGAGGGGACCAAACACAACAGCUAAUGGCGUCUGAAACCUUUGUGCAGCCAGCAAUUCCUCGUUUUGAUGGUCACUAUGAUCAUUGGAGCAUGCUGAUGGAGAAUUUCUUGAGGUCCAAAGAGUAUUGGGAUGUGGUUGAGUCUGGAGUAGUAGAACCAACUGCUAGGAUGUUAAAAGCUCAGAAGGCAGAGUUGGAGGCUUUAAAAUUGAAGGAUCUCAAAGCCAAAAAUUAUCUCUUUCAAGCAAUUGAUCGGACAAUCUUGGAGACUAUUCUUUGCAAAGAUACCUCCAAGCAAAUUUGGGAUUCAAUGAAGAAAAAGACAAUGGCAAUUGUCAACAAAUUGAGGACCCAUGGUGAUAAGACACAAGAUGUUACUGUUGUUGAGAAGAUACUACGUUCAAUGACACCAAAAUAUAAUUUUGUUGUCUGUGCUAUUGAGGAGGCAAAUGAUCUUGAUGAAAUGUCACUUGAAGAACUUGAAAGUUCCUUGCUGGUAUAUGAAAGGAAGCUGAAUCGACAAGAGCAGAAUGAGCAAGCUUUGAAGGCCACAAUUGGCACCUCUUCUUCAUUUUCAAAUAAAUCAAACAGAGGAAGAGGCAGAGGAGAAAGAUCAAAUUUUGCACAAAUUGAGGAGGAAAUAUCCUUGCUGAUGGUAUGUCAUGAUGGAGAAGGGUCUAAUAAGAACCUGUGGUAUUUAGACACUGGUUGCAGCAAUCAUAUGUGCGGAGACAAGGCAGCUUUCUCCACCUUGGAUGAAUCUUUCAGAGAUAAUGUGAAGUUCAGAGACAAUUCUAAAGUCUCGGUCAAGGGAAGAGGACAGGUGACCGUUCAAAUCAGGGGUAAUGCUGCUCAAACAAUUUCUAAUGUCCUUUAUGUUCCAAAAUUGAAGACCAAUCUGCUAAGUAUUGGUCAAUUGCAAGAGAAAGGUUAUGAGAUUAUCAUCAAGAAUGGAGUGUGUCGGAUUCAAGAUUCCAAAUUGGGCUUAAUUGCUCAAGUUAAAAUGACUGCUAACAGAAUGUUUCCUCUUCAUCUCAACUGUGCUAGUCAGUCAUGCUUCUCGGCAAAGACAAAUGAUGUGGCUUGGCUGUGGCAUUCUCACUAUGGUCAUCUAAACUUUGGUGGGCUCAAGCAACUUCAACAAAAGAACAUGGUGACUGGUCUGCCUGUUUUUGGAAGUCCCUCAACUGUUUGUGAAGAAUGUGUUGUUAGCAAGCAACACCGUGAUCCAUUUCCAAAGGGGAGAUCAACCAGAGCAAGAAGGCUAUUGAAGAUUGUAUACUCUGAUAUUUGUGGACCAAUUAAUCCAGUUUCCAAUGGAGGUAAACGUUAUUUCAUUACUUUCAUUGAUGAUUUUAGUAGAAAAACAUGGGUGUACUUCUUACAACCAAAGUCUGAAGCUUUAAUGGCUUUCAAAAGCUUUAAAGUAUUUGUUGAGAAGGAAGCAGGGAGCCAAAUUCAGGUGCUGCGUACUGAUUGUGGAGGAGAAUAUAACUCACAUGAAUUUGCAAAUUUUUGUGAGACACAUGAAAUCAAGAGGCAACUGACAGCAGCCUACACACCUCAACAGAAUGGUGUUUGUGAGAGGAAGAAUCGCACUAUUUUAAAUAUGGUGUGGAGCCUUUUGAAGAAAAGCAGCAUUCCCAAGAAUUUUUGGCCCGAAACAGUCAACUGGAGCAUUCAUAUUCUGAACAGAAGUCUAACUUUUGCUGUUCAAAAUAUGACACCUGAGGAAGCAUGGAGUGGAAGAAAACCAGGAAACCUCACAAGUCUGCGUUUCCUUGACCUUUCUGGUAAUAGGUUAAGUGGAUCUCUUCCUAGUCUACUACGAAACCUCUCAAGUUUGCGUUUCCUUGAUCUUGGGUCUAAUGAAUUUCACAGUGUUGAAAAUCUUGAGUGGCUCUCUCAUCUUUCUCUUUUGAAAUACCUUGAUCUGAGUGGAAUCGACCUUAGCGAGGUUAAUAAUUGGCUGCAGCUGGUUAAUAAGCUUCCUCAUCUAACCAACCUGCGGCUCAAAUCUUGUAAUCUUCUAGAUGUCAUUCCUCAACCUCUCCCCAUGAACAAUAGUUCUACUUCUCUUGCUGUCCUUGAGUUAUAUGAUAAUAACUUGACUGCUACAAUGUUCCAAUGGCUUUUCAACUUUAGCAAUAGCCUUGUCCAGCUCGACCUAUCUCACAAUCAGUUACAAGGUUUGAUUCCAGAAGCUUUUGGUAACAUGAUUUUCCUAGAAGAACUAAGUCUCGGGGGUAAUCAAUUUGAAGGUGGGAUUCAAAAAUCCUUUGGCAACAUGUGCAAAUUAAGGCUUCUAGACCUGUCAUUUAACAAUCUCAAAGGAAUGCUUCCUGAGUUCUUUGGUAACUUAUCCGGAUGUCUAGAACUUACCUUAGAGACUUUGUCCAUAUAUGAUAACAAAUUCAUGGGACCUUUACCCAAUGCAAUUAGAAACUUUUCAUCAUUGAAGGAGUUGUUACUUUCAUACAAUAGACUAAAUGGGACUGUGCCCCACUGCGUCGGACUCUUGUCCGAGCUUGAGACAUUUCAUAUCAGUGGAAAUUCCUUUAAUGGGGUUAUCACUGAGGCACAUUUCUCAAAGCUCUUCAAGUUAAAAGUGUUGGCACUGGCUUCUAAUUUUUUGAGCUUCAACAUUAGCCUUGACUGGAUUCCACCUUUCCAGUUGAAUAACAUAUUUCUCCGUUCUUGCAAGUUAGGUCCAAAAUUUCCAAAAUGGUUACAGACUCAAAGAAACUUCUCGAUUCUUGAUAUCUCUAGGAACGAAAUUUCAGAUAGCAUCCCCGAUUGGUUUUGGGAAAUAUCUUCUGGAGCAGAUCAGAUCAAUAUUUCUAGCAACCGCAUCUAUGGAAUUCUACCAUAUUUCUCAAUGAAGUUUUCUGGUUAUCCUGGGAUAGAUUUGAGUCAUAAUAAGUUGGGGGGUCCAUUACCACUAUUUCCUGCUAAUAUGUCGUCAUUAUCACUCUUCAACAAUGGGUUUUCUGGGAAUAUUUCUUCUCUCUGUUCUGUAACUGGUAACACAUUUCAGUUGCUUGAUAUUUCGUUCAAUCAACUAUCUGGAGAGCUUCCUGAUUGCAUGGCAAGUUGGUCAAAUUUAAAGAUUCUAAAUUUGGGUCACAAUCAUUUAUUUGGGAAAAUUCCAAGCUCUAUUGGAUCUCUUAACAUGCUUGAAACGUUGGUUUUGCGCAACAACAGCUUCUCUGGUGAAAUACCUUGGUCUUUAGGAGGCUGCAUUCACUUGCAAUUUGUGGACUUGAGUCAUAAUAAUUUCUCAGGACUAGUGCCAGACUGGAUUGGAGGGAGAUUGGGCAACCUAACCUACCUUCUCCUUAGAUCCAAUAAUUUCUACGGAGAUAUCCCCUUACACCUAUGCCAAUUGACAAAAAUGAUGGUGCUGGACUUCUCUAACAACACACUCUGUGGAAACAUACCAUGGUGCAUUCAUAAUAUGACUGCCUUGACCAAAAAGGAAAAUUUGGUUGGUUAUCAUAUGUUUUUGGCUACUAUUACGAGGGAUCAUGUCCGUCUUUUUUAUCCCUAUGUUGACAAUGCGUUUAUUGUGUGGAAAGGAACAGAAUAUGAAUUUGCAAAAAAUCUCAGGAAUCUGAGGCUCAUUGACCUUUCAAGCAACAAUUUAACCGGAGAAAUUCCACAACAGAUAUGUAGUCUCUUUGAACUGGUGCAAUUGAAUUUGUCAAGAAAUCAAUUGACGAGAGGGAUUCCAGCAAAUAUAGGACAAAUGAGAAGCUUAGAAUCACUUGAUCUGUCACGAAACCAGCUUUCAGGCCAGCUUCCUUCAAGCAUGUCCCAGUUAAGUUUUCUCAGUACAUUGAACUUGUCAAAUAACAACUUUUGUGGGAGAAUCCCGUUGGGCACCCAAUUGGAGAGCUUUCCUGCUUAUGCAUUUGCUAAUAAUUAUGCACUAUGUGGGCCUCCGCUAACACCAACAUGUCCGGAAGAUGAGAUACCUUUCUCUGGUGGUGGUAGAGAUAUCCAGGAUGAUGGGGACGAAUUCUGGAAAGGGUUUAAACCCAGCAUGGAACUCGGGAUGGCUUUUGGAUUUUUGGGAGUCCUGGCGUUGAAGUUGGAUCAUCCAGGGAAACAUGUCCGUAUCUUGCUAUUUAACUACAUGAAGAUCACCCUCAACAACUUGAAAGGCUACCUCUGUUUGAUUGUUGCAGCACUUGGUUUGGUGGUAACGGUGAAUGCUACCAGAUUGCGAAGAAAGUUGAGGUUUUAAGACCCAUCACUCUUUCUGUAGAGUGUGGAGAAGUGGGUUCAAAAUGUUUGUUAAGGCUUUAGCCUUCAAGGACAAAGCUUCUCUGGUGAUGUCGAAUUCUAGCGCGUCUUUUCAACCCCCAUAAGAUUCCACAUUUGGAUUCCUUUCCAAGUAGUAGUGUUUUUUUUUUCUUUUCCUUUCUGUAUAUAUGCUCUGUUAUGUUGUGGUCUGAAACUUUCAAUGGAUGGUUUAUGUCUUGUGUUGUAUAAGCUUUCAUCCACACUAGUGUUGGAUGGUUUGUUUUGGUUUCCUUUAGGGCAAUAUUUUUCAAUAAAAACAGCCACGCGAA